UUGGUUGGGCGGUUCAUUUCAGCAUGAAUUUCACCAUCAAGGAGACCCACUGCCAGAAAGCUUCUAGUUACAGGAUGGGAAGCUGCCGAUACAAAGCCAACGGGGCCAUCAGGGACUGUUCCGCUGAGGUGUCGAUUCUGAACUUCAUGCACGAUGCGCCGCUGACCUCUGUGAAAUGCCAGCCAGCAAAGCCCAGCAGCAAGAAGGCAAAACCCAAGUCCCGGCCGCAGGCGGCAGAGGCUCCGUCCCCAGUGUCCGUGGGGCAGGACUCCCCAUCUCCUCUGACUCUCCGGCAGUUCUGAUGGCCAUUGUGGAAGAGGAAUGGCAACCCUACGGCGCGAAGGGGGCCUUUUGUAGCUGGAGGCGUCCUGAGCCUCGGCGCCGGUUUUCCACCAAAUUGUUGCACAACAUCUACAAAGCAAAUGUGUCGUGCCGUAGGGUGGGUAGCGUAUUAUCCUCUGUCGACCCUAUCCAAAGGAGAGCAAUAUUUUAACAGUGCCCUGUAGGUUUUGUUCGUUUUAUUAUUUUUAAUAUUAUUUGGGGGGGGGUUGGCCCGUUGACCUGUCCGUCAGUCACCUCUAGAGGUAGAUUCUGAGCUACAGUUGUGAUGACUAGCCCUGUUUUUAUAGAUUUCUUAAGAUCCCCUUAACCACUCGAUAAAUGUUAGUAUAUUGCUUUAAAUACAGUGGGACCACAGUAUCUUGGAGGGGGGGGAAUCAGUUUCAAGACACACACACACACACACACACACACACACACCGUGAAUGCUGAAAAAUGCAGAAGUAUGUAAUGGCCUGUUCUGGCAAAUACACCCUGGAUAUACAUAUGCAGUAAAUAGGAAUUUCAUGGGGUGGGGGGCAUUUAGUAUUUUCAGCCAUCAGAUAAGUGAAUCAGUGGAUACCGAUCCCGCGGAUAGGGGGGUCCUACUGUAUUGAUAUAUGGAUUUUUCGUUGAUGAAUUCCUGGCCUGUGGAGAUGAAGCACUAAGGUUGCCACCAACAGUGUCAAACUAAGGACACCAAUGAGGGUCAGAAUGUGUUCCACAGAAGCCAGGAUGUCUCCCCAGUUUUGCAUGGGACAGGACUCCCAGCAAAUCAUGUUUCACAAUACCAGUACCAUGACGAAGGUGGAGCCACUGUGGCUUUUGCCCCCAGGUCCCAAAAUGUAGAGGGCGUUGAUAUGUGGAGAUGAAUCUGCUGAUGGCUGGCUGGAAAAUAAACCGCCAC